CAUGUAAUAUCAUCUAUAUCUCACUCGUUCGCUUUGCUCGCUCGUGAAAUAUAAAGUUGAACACGAGAAGAGAUGCACGUAUUCCUUACCUACAAGCAACCAUGGGUUAGUUUGUUUAUUGUAUAAACAUACCUGACAUACUGAUAACGAUGUUUUCCGAUCACUUUCCGAAGAUUUCCGAAGAUUCUUCAAAAAGUGCCCUAAAGCACACGAACGAUUCCGAACAUUUUACGAAGAUUUACGAAGAUUUCCAAAGAUUGCCUAAGACUUUCGAGGAAGAUUCGAAGAUGUUUCGAUCAUACACCAACAAAUUAAGUAUAGUUUAAGGGUCAAACAUGGUAGCAGUGAAGUCGUCGAUACGAGUGGUGUAUUUUCCAUAUUGAUAGGACCCUGCGUGCGCUCUGAUUGGUCAAAAACCCAUGCUUCAUCAGAGUAUAAAACAUAGAAAGAGCGUGUUUUCAUUUACUCCGUACAUUUGAGAACACUCGAGAAAUGUAGAAAACACUCGCAGCGGCUCGUGUUUUCUACAUUUCCCUUGUGUUUUCAAAUGCCCAGCGUGUUUUACCACAGUGUAAUACACGGCUUAAGCUUUUUUACUUUGUUAAGUAAAACACAAGUGUCUAUACAAUAAUUUAUAUUACGAGCCUUGCAGUGUUUUGGUGAUACGGCAAGAACAUUUAAAAUGGAUAUGACGAGUUAAAGGCGUAUUACCGGCACCAAAAAAAAAAUUAUUUAAACUACUAUUUCAAAAGACUUCUCCAUUAUUUUCCUUCCUUGAAAUCGUUUGCAACUAGCCGGUUUAAUCGGUUACCUUAACGGCAUUUGACCUGUUGACGGGCAUUUGGCCUGUUCACGCGUUGACUGAACUACAAGCGGUAUCAAAUGAUAACACGUGGUAUUCAAAUGAGGCACAAAUUACUUUCUGAAGCAAAAAAAAAGUAUAUAUAUAUAUUAAUUAUUUUAAUGCAAGAGCUUUAACAGCGAAGACCAUUCCAUGAAAACACAAUAAAAGAUUUUUUUCUCGCGAUAAUAAUUUGCCUGAGACAUUUUAAUUUACAUUUUUAAACACAGGCUUUUUUAAUCUUCAAAACGCUGGCUAUUUUUACUCAUUUUUAUUUGUGAUGCGCCUUGGGCAAUUAUUGGAUUGGCGCUAUAGAAAUGUAAUUAUUAUUAUAAUUAUUAUUUAUUUAAACACAGUAGAACAAUUAUACUGCGCAGCUGAUGUGGUCGUGUAGGCAUGAAUAAAACAGCACUUCCUAACUACUACAAUUACAGUAAAACAACUUCGCUGAAAUCGAAGGAUUAAGGGCAGAAAACCUCUUUUGUAUUUGUGUUAAUACCGUGAAUGAAUGUGCUCAUGUCUGGUUGCUAUUCCGCGCUUCGAUUUUAUGAUCGGCCAAUUUGAAUAAAAUGACAUCGUAUGCAAUGGUAAGUUGAAGCACGACAUUUCAAUGAGGGGAUUUAGUUCCAAACUCAUAAAACGCUUCUCCACUGAUAUAUCUUACAAGCGUCUGUGACAUCAAAAGAUAAAAAACGCUCUUUGUACAUGUACUUAAUUGAACAGGUCUUUUUGACAAAAGACGAAUGAGCUAGCUGUCUUUGAAGGAAAGAAAGGCUUAUAUUUUGUUAGUGACCGAUUUAUUCAUUUGAGGUUUGACAUUUUGACAACUCUUUGCUAGGCCCUGUUAGUCGGGCGAGAAAUGUUAUAUCUUUGAAUACGACCCGCUCUUUUAAUUACAAGUUCCGCUUGCUUCUAUUACAACAAAACAUUCACACAGAGCCGACAUUUUGCUUUCUUUGAAGCUUUGUAACGGCACAGCAAGCGAUACCCAGUCGACUUUGAGAUACGAAUCGCUAGAUAUAGACUGGGCGCCAGUGUUGUCAUUACAGUUGCGGUGUUGAAAGGUUUGAAGCCCUCAAAGCUUACCAGCUCCAAUAAUUGACUGUUUUCCUUCGAUAAAGACUCAAAAAUGGACCCCAUUGUAAUAGCUGGAAGCAUAAGUAGGAUGAUGGAUGUAAUUGAAGCGGUAACGGGUAGCAUCUCGGAGGGAAGAGCAGCUUAUAUAACAGAAAAGCCGUUGAAAUGCCUGACCUGUGACAAGUGUUUCAGCUUCGAGGCAAAUCUCAGGGCCCAUGAGAGAGUGCAUACAGGAGAGAAGCCUUUUGAAUGUAACCACUGUGGCAAGUGCUUUACUUUUUCUGGGAAUUUACAGCGGCAUAAAAAGAUACACACUGGAGAGAAGCCUUUUCAAUGCAGCCAGUGUGACAUGCGCUUCAGUCAAGCAAGCAACUUAAAGCUCCAUGAGAUGAUUCAUACCGGAGAAAGGCCCUUCAGGUGCAAUCAAUGUGACAAGUGUUUUAGUCGGAAGGUAACUCUCACCGAACAUCUACGGAUUCACACUGGAGAGAAGCCCUUUAAAUGCAAUCAGUGUGGUACAUCAUUUCGUCAACCAGGAACUUUAACGCAACAUAAAUUAACACAUCUGCAAGAGAAGCAGUUCCAAUGUUCUCAGUGUGGCAAGAAGUUCAGUCAUGCGUAUACCCUAAAGCAACAUAAAAUAUUACACACAGAGGUGAAGGCGUUUGAAUGCAACGUAUGUGGCAAGCGUUUUAGUCGAGAAGGAAAUCUCGUGCAGCAUAAACUAAUACAUUCAAGCGAGAAACCCUACAAAUGUAACCUUUGUGACAAGCAGUUUACCCGUUCAGGAAAUUUAAAACAGCAUGAGCGAAGACACAAAACGCUAGAGAAACGCUUCAGAUGUAACAAGUGCGAUAAGUAUUUUAGUUCUGCUGGUAAUCUAAAGCAGCAUGAGAUAUUACACACUAGGAAAACACCUCUUAGGUGCAAUUACUGUGGCAAGUGUUUCACCUGGAAAGCAAAUCUAAGGCAACACAACAGAAUGUACACAGGAGAGAAGCCUUUUGAAAGCAAUGGAUAUUUCAAAAUUCAUCAAAGAUCACAUUCAUUCGAAAUGAAACCAGUCAAAAUUGAACAGCAUGAAAGCUGCUUCAGGAUCUGUGAUUUUUUAAGCGAUAUCAAACAAGAGGUACAGGACUGAAGCUUGACAAACCUGUGGCUUCCAGUAUUAUGUUACAAAAGACAGCUUCAAUAUUUAUGGGUCAAAAUUGGAAUUUUUGCCUUGCAAAUCUAACUAUUAAGCCGUCUGCUCAAUAUCUUUAUCCCUGGGUACUGCAUGGGGCUACUCCCUCCUAAAACAAUUUACCCGUUUACCGAAUUUUAUCAUUGUUUGGAAAUCUCGUUUGAACAGGAUCUUGAGUUGAAUUCAGGAUUGGCUAAUCAGGCUCAUCUAGUGAUCAUACAUGUAUAUAUAUGAAAAAAAAAAAAAGAGCAAAGCAAGUUAUACUCCAGUUAAGGGAGUCCUCUACAUUAAUGUUUCACUAUUUCGAAUUACAAACGUAAGUAAAACAUCUUUCUUUCUGUGAAGGUUACGUUUUACUAACGUAUUUAAUGAAAUUGUAGAAUUGUAUGCGUCUUUAGACAAGUCACAACUACAAAGGAAAUGAAAUUGCAAAGGACAGGAAAAAGGUCUACCUCGUGCCUAUAAGUGGACUCGGUUCAUCAUUUCUAGCACUUUUACUUUAAUAUUUCUUUUUACCCGUCGCCAAAAAUAAAAUAAAAUAAAAUAAAA